GGAACGCAAGCACCGAACUAUAUACAGGCUAAACUUGAAAGACUUACCUGAAAUCCACUGACGUACUACUGAAACACCUGUACAGAUAUUACAACGAAUUACGUCAUGAUGCUCCGCCUUAUCUUAGUAACCUGUAUGACGUCAUCAGUUCUCUCACACCCUCUCCACCAGCUAUUCAGGAGAAGUCUCGUGAAGCGAUAUGGAAAUGAGGACUACGAAUAUUUGGUGAACUUGUUAGCAAACCGAAUGGUGAACAAUUAUGGGGGCGAUCCAUUAACGGAACAGGAAAUAGAGACCCAACUAUUAGCACACGGCCUGAACGAAGAUACCGCCAAACAUCUCUCUGAAAGCUUCGUUUGGUGUUGUGACGACGACUCGGACAAUCUGCUGAAUCGUCAAGAACUUCGUCGAGCCAUGCACGAAUUCAGCCCCUUUAUCUAUCCUUGAUGUAGCUGGAGAGAGUUUUCCCGGAAUUUCUCAACAUUCCAUUCGACAAUGCCUUUGUCCUGCGCAUGGGCACACACAAAGCUUGGAGCACAUGUCCAUAUUUUGUUCCCGUUGUACUUCAUGUCGCCAUGCACAUAAGAAUGCAGCUUUCGUCAACGGACUCAUUGUUUCUGGGCAUUGUUUUUCCGUCCAAAUGAUCUUCACUAGUGGGGAUCACGUGAUCACGGAGAAUAGCAUGUCUUGCUCAUUAGAUAAAAUGUGACAUUGUGACGUUUGCAUAACUUGCUUAGCUGUCUGUUUUGACAAACCCCGAGGAUUGAUAUAUCCUUAGAACUGUCGGAAUAUGUGGUGAUUGUCCGAUUUUAUAACACGGGUGCUAGCCUCACUUUAAUAAUUAAUAUCGCUAAUACUUUCCCGCCAAUUUCCGUCGUAUUCCAGAAAAGAAUCUAAUGAUUACCUUUUCUAAAGUGAGUACUGCUGUUGCAAGAUAAUAAAUUGUAACAGAAGGAGAAAUUAAGUGCAUAUAUCACAAAAAAGAUCCUACCCUUUGUCGAUAAUUGGUUCCUACAAUACGGGUUAUUUAAAUUUGUUUGCUUAAUUUAUUCUUUUUAUAUUGCAAAGGUAAGUUCAUUGAUUUGGUGUUUGUUUCUAUUGAGUUGUAAAAUUAACGACCGAAUCUGAUUGAUUCCCGAACAGCUUUUGUAGCAGACUCUCUGUUUGAUUAGCCAAAGACGCGUAUGUUCGUGUCAAUUUAAAAUUUUAACAUCAUCGCUGAAAUUCAUAUCGUUAUGAAUGACAUGAGAUCUAUGUAAGACCGAACAUUAAAAAUACAUAUAGCAUAAUAAUGUAGUUUCAUUUCAUCUGAUCAAAUCCAUAUUUCAAUAACAUUACAUCUUAUUUUAAUUUAAUGUUUUUUAACGGUAGAAGUCGUUACGUGUAUCAAAUGAAAGGUCAUCCUCCAGAGUCAACCAUUAUGAUCUUGUCAUAUCACUUUGAUAUAUAUUGUCUAUUCAAUUUAAAAUAGUUAUGUACUUUUAU